CUAACUGGCCAAACUAAUGUAUAUUUUCAGCUCCACGCUGUUACAAUCCACGUUUAAAAAUAGCAAGUCACAAACUACUGCAGUUAAGAAUAAAACUUCGCCAACAUUACAAAAAAAGGCAAGUUCACGUUCGAAUCGUCGAAAGAAACGUCGAAACAAACAUCAGCAAAAUUCUUCAGCGUCCAAUUUUUCACAAGAACCGGGGCAGAUUAUAAAAUUUAACAAUAUGCCAGCCCGUUUCGCCGAAGAUAUCAUAGCCGACAACGACCGUAGCGUUCCAUUGACUAUUGGGAGACACUACAACCGCAAUGCGAUUAUGAACGACGAUAUCGUUAUAACAGGCUUUUCUGGCAGGCUCCCCGAGAGUUCAAGCAUUGAAGAGUUUAAACGAAAUCUCUAUGAUGGUGUGGACCUAGUCAAUGAUGAUCCUAGGCGUUGGGAACGAGGUCUCUAUGGUUUGCCUGAAAGACUUGGAAAAAUUAAAGCAGAUGACUUGGAAGUAUUCGAUCAACAAUUUUUCAGUGUUUCGGCAAAACAGGCUGAAUGUAUGGAUCCACAAAUGCGCAUGUUACUCGAAUCUACAUACGAGGCAAUUAUUGAUGCUGGUAUUAACCCUGCAGAGUUGCGAGGUACACGCACCGGAGUAUAUAUCGGUGUAUCUAAUUCCGAGACGGAAGCUCAUUGGACUGAAAAUGCAGAUCGUGUCAAUGGAUACGGUUUGACUGGAUGCGCACGCGCUAUGUUUGCGAAUCGUAUUUCUUACACAUUUGAUUUGAAAGGACCUAGCUUUGCAGUGGACACCGCAUGUUCCAGUUCUUUGUAUGCCUUAUCCCAGGCAUUUUCAGAUAUGCGAGCUGGAAGAUGUGAUGCUGCCAUAGUGUGUGGUUCCAAUUUGGUUUUAAAACCAGAGAUGUCAUUGCAGUUUAGACGCCUAAAUAUGUUGAGUGAUAGCGGCAUGUGCAAAGCUUUUGACGAGACGGGAGCUGGCUACGUUCGAUCUGAUGGCGUUGUGGUACUGCUUUUGCAACUAACUUCUGCCGCAAAACGAGUUUAUGCUUCAAUUCUGAAUGCACGUACAAACACCGAUGGGUUUAAAGAACAGGGCAUAACAUAUCCUGAUGGACGUAUGCAAAAUCGAUUGAUCCGUGAAACCUACGAAGAAAUUAACUUGGAUCCAAAUGAAGUCGUUUAUGUUGAAGCUCACGGUACUGGCACCAAAGUCGGAGAUCCGCAAGAAGUCAAUUCAAUUACGGACUUCUUUUGCAAAAAUCGCACAAAUCCGUUACUAAUUGGUUCAGUUAAAUCAAAUAUGGGCCACUCAGAACCCGCGUCUGGUGUUUGUUCCAUUGCUAAGAUUUUGAUUGCGAUGGAAGAAGGCGUAAUUCCGGGCAAUUUGCAUUACAGCAAACCCAAUCCUGACCUGUACGGAUUGAUAGAUGGUCAUCUAAAAGUGGUCGAUAAAAAUAUGCCUUGGAAUGGGGGUAUUAUUGGGCUUAACUCUUUUGGUUUUGGAGGAGCCAAUGCUCACAUAAUUCUUAAAUCGAAUCCGAAACCAAAAAUUUUAACUCCUCGUGACGGACCCCCAAAAUUAGUUAUCAGUUCUGGUCGGACAAUGGAUGCUGUUCAAGAUUUACUUGAAGACGCCACCACACAUCGCGAUGAUGAUGAAUAUCUAGCUCUUAUCAACGGCAUACAUACCCAACCCAUUUCGCUGCAUUACUACCGCGGCUACGAUGUUCUCACUAGCAAAGGAUCCGUGCAACGUGAGGUUGUUGAGUUUUCUGAAGAAACGCGCCCAAUUUGGUUUGUUUAUUCUGGUAUGGGCAGUCAAUGGGGAAGCAUGGCUAAGGACCUCCUCCAAUUUGAUAUCUUCAGAAAGUCAGUUCAGCGUUGCGCUGAAAUUUUGCGCCCCGAAGGCAUCGACCUGCUUGAGAUAUUAACGCGUUCCACCGACGAAAAAUUCAGUGAUAUUGUGAGCUCAUUUGUUUCAAUUACCACUAUGCAAGUUGCUCUUACAGACUUAUUAUCCUCACUUGGUAUCCAUCCUCAAGGUAUUGUUGGGCAUUCCGUUGGUGAGUUGGGUUGUGCGUAUGCAGAUGGCGGUUUGACCGCCGAUCAAGCAGUUUUGGCUACAUAUUGGCGAGGACGUGCUAUUAAGGAAUCAAACCUGCCUAAAGGAAAAAUGGCCGCUGUUGGAUUAUCUUGGGAAGACGCUCAUAAGCGCGUGCCAUCAGAUUGCUAUCCAGUUUGCCACAAUAAUCAAGAUAAUUGCACAAUUGCUGGUCCUGGUGACUCAAUUGAUGCUCUGCUAUUGAAAUUAAACGCUGAAGGCGUAUUCGCUAAGGCUGUUAGCUCAUCUGGAUUCGCCUUUCACAGCAAAUAUAUUGCCGGCGCAGCCCCAAAACUGAGACAAAUGUUGGAAAAAAUAAUUCCUACUGCUAAAAACCGCACACAACUAUGGAUAAGCAGCAGUAUUCCAGAAAGUGCUUGGAAUACUCCUGUUGCCAAGCAGUCAUCAGCAGCUUAUCAUGUGAAUAAUAUGUUGUCUCCUGUGUUAUUCUAUGAGGCGCUACAACAUAUUCCAUCGAACGCAAUUUGCAUUGAGAUAGCACCGCAUGGUUUAUUGCAAGCUAUUCUCAAACGUGCUCUUGGACGUGACGUUCUAAAUAUUAGCCUAGUAAAACGUGGACAUCCAAAUAAUGCUGAAUUCCUUUUGGCUAAUAUAGGAAAAUUAUAUGCAGCUGGAGGUCAACCGCAGGUACAAAAUUUAGUGCGUCCGAUUUAUUAUCCUGUAGGACGUGGAACCCCAAUGUUGAACUCAAAAAUAGGCUGGGACCAUUCCCAAAGGUGGCUAGUUCCAAAAUAUGGUGCCUCCAAAUCUUCAGGCGAUACAGUCAUUGAAAUCGAUUUAUCAAAUGAUGAGGAUGCAUUCUUAAUGGGUCACACCAUCGACGGACGUAUUUUGUUCCCUGCUACUGGUUACAUGACUUUAGCAUGGAUGACAUUUGCAAAAAUGCGCGGUGUCGAGUUCAGUAAGGCUGCUGUGGUCAUGGAAGACUUAAUAUUUCAUCGUGCAACUAUUUUAAACAAAGACACAGUUACUAAAUUCGGGAUUAACUUUUUUGAUGGCACUGGUGCAUUUGAGAUAUGCGAAGCUGGAAGUUUAGCUAUGUCGGGAAAAAUAAAAAUUGUCGAUAAUAUCACACUAGAGGAAUUACAGUUGCAACCGCUUUCAUCUAAUAGUAUUUCCCGUGAGUUAGUUGGAAAUGAUGUUUAUAAAGAACUGCGUCUACGUGGCUAUGAUUAUGGAGGAAGUUUUCGUGGAAUCGUUACAUCAGAUAUAUCUUCUCGUGCUGGUAAACUACAAUGGGUGGACAAUUGGAUAAGUUUUAUGGACACCAUGUUACAGUUUAGUAUAUUGAGUAAGGAUUUGCGUGAGCUUUACUUGCCGACUCGCAUUGAGAAGGCGGUUAUUAAUCCAAGCAAACAUUUAGAAAUUUUAUCACAACUAUCGGAAGAAGACCUUACCAAAGUCGGCAUACCAGUAUAUAUGUAUAGCAAUAUUAAUGUUAUCAAAAGUGGAGGUGUUGAAUUACGAGGCCUCAAAGCUUCGUUAGCGCAGAAACGUCCAAAUGCCCAAAACCCUCCAACGUUAGAGCGGUACACGUUUAUACCCAAUUUAAAUCAUUCAGAGCUACACGAGAACUCAGGAAAGGCAGGAUCGCAUGCUCUCUCGGUGGCAAUCCAACUUGUUAUAGAAAAUGCCGAGCGUUCCUUCAAAAUUAAGGGAGUAGAACUUGGAAAUGGCCGAAACCCCGAAUCUUUGGCGGCUGGAAAGCUCGUGCAAUUCAUUGAAGGAGAACCUGCGGUUGCUGCCGAUAUUUCUGUGGCUACUGCAAGUAAAGAUGAGGAAAGCAUUAAGUCCGCUUUAAGCGACUUUGGUGUUCGAGUAAUUUCGAAAAAUAUAGCGAAGGAGCCGGUUGAGCAGAACUGCAACUUCUUGUUUGGAACCGACGUACUUUCUCGCCCUGAUACAGCCGUUUUGGAAAAUAGUAUUGCCAGUAUCAAAGAUAAUGGAUUUUUGAUAUUUGACGAAAGUGUUAAUUCUUAUAAAACUUCUGGUCCCGCCGUAUUGUCCAAAUAUGGAUUUGUGAUUGUACAAGAGUUAUUCAAAGGCGAUUCUAGAAUUCUCGUCGUGACAAGGCGUGCUGUUGACUUAAGCAAACGAAAAUCUGAGAUUAUCAACGUAACCGAGAAAAGAUUUGACUGGUUAGAGGAUUUAAAAUUGGCACUUGUAAAGGCAGGUGAAGAAGAGAAAUACAUAUACAUUGUCUGCCAAGGAGAAGAACUGUUUGGAGCUGUGGGGUUAACCACGUGUGUCACAUAUGAGAAUGGUGGUAAAUUUGUUAGAACCGUUUUUAUUCAGGACGCAAAUGCUGAAAAGUUCUCAUUAACUUCACCAUUUUAUCAAGAACAACUAGUGAAAGAUUUGACUUUAAAUGUGGUUAAAAAUGGUAACUGGGGCACGUACAGGCAUUUGAAAUUGGAGAAAGAAUUAGCCACCUUGCAAGUGGAGCAUGCUUACGUCAAUGCUCUAGUGAAAGGUGAUCUUGCGUCUCUAAAAUGGAUCGAAGCAUCACCAUCUCAAAAUGUCAGAAAUGAUGACUUAGAAUUGUGUACAGUUUAUUAUGCUCCUAUAAACUUCAGAGAUGUUAUGUUGUCAUCUGGUAAAUUAUCAGCUGAUGCUCUUCCUGGCGAUUUGGCACAACAAGAUUGUGUGCUUGGUCUUGAAUUCUCUGGGCGUGACUCCUCUGGCAGACGCGUUAUGGCUAUGGUACCUGCUAAAUCAUUGGCUACAACCUGUCUGACUAGCAAGUAUAUGAUGUGGGAAAUCCCAUCGAAUUGGACAAUGGAAGAAGCAUCUACUGUGCCUUGCGUAUAUUCCACGGUUUACUAUGCACUAAUUGUACGAGGAGAAAUGAAGAAGGGAGAGAAGAUCUUGAUUCAUGCUGGUUCGGGAGGAGUUGGCCAAGCAGCCAUUUCAGUUGCCUUGCAUCACGGCCUGACUGUAUUUACUACUGUUGGAAGUAAGGAGAAACGCGACUUCUUAAAACAACGAUUCCCACAGCUGCAAGACCGAUUCAUUGGAAACUCACGUGAUACGUCUUUUGAACAAUUGGUCAUGUCCGAAACACAAGGAAAGGGUGUUGACUUAGUGCUUAAUUCGCUCUCAGAAGAAAAAUUACAAGCUUCUGUCCGUUGUUUGGGCAUUAAUGGACGCUUCUUGGAGAUUGGAAAGUACGAUUUAAGCAACAACAGUCCUCUUGGUAUGUCGGUAUUCUUGAAAAACACAUCCUUUCAUGGAAUUCUUCUGGACAGUGUCAUGGAAGGAGAAGAGGAAAUGCAAAAACGAGUUGUUCAUUUAGUUGCUGAUGGCAUUAAAAACGGUGCAGUGAUUCCACUUCCCACAUCUGUGUUUAAUGAAUUCCAAAUUGAACAGGCUUUCCGCUUUAUGGCAUCCGGAAAGCAUAUCGGUAAAGUUGUCAUUAAGGUUCGUGAUGAAGAACCUGGAAACCUACAUAAACCUACAUCGCGUUUAGUAAACGCGAUUCCACGUACAUAUAUGCACUCAGAAAAGAGUUAUAUACUUGUAGGAGGCUUAGGCGGUUUCGGCUUGGAACUUGCACAUUGGAUGGUGUUACGCGGAGCGCGUUACAUUAUUCUUACAUCAAGAUCGGGCAUUAAAACUGGAUACCAGACGCUUAUGGUCCGCCGUUGGGAGGAGCGUGGUGUAAAGAUAGUUGUGGAUACAAAUGACGUUACUACUUCUGAAGGGUGUAAGAAAUUACUGCAAAAUGCAAAUAAAUUGGCAUUAGUUGGGGGAAUAUUUAACUUGGCUGCAGUAUUACGCGAUGCCUUAAUUGAAGACCAGACCAUUCAAGACUAUCAGACUGUUUGUAAACCAAAAGUCGAUGGCACAAAAUUCCUUGAUAUGCACUCUCGUACACUUUGCCCUGAAUUGGACUACUUUGUGUGUUUUUCGAGUGUUUCGUGCGGCCGCGGUAACGUUGGCCAAUCCAAUUACGGAUUGGCGAACUCUGCCAUGGAGCGCAUCUGCGAACUACGUCGAGUCAGUGGAUUACCCGGCCUUGCUAUUCAGUGGGGUGCCAUUGGAGAUACGGGUCUUGUACUUGAAGGAUUAGGUGAUAACGACACUGUAAUUGGUGGCACACUACCCCAACGCAUGAGUUCAUGUCUUCAAACGAUUGACCUGUUCUUACAACAACCACACCCCGUUCUGGCAUCGAUGGUUGUAGCUGAAAAACGAAGCAGCGAUCCAUCUGGUGGCGUGAGUUUAGUGGCAGCCAUAGCUAAUAUUUUGGGACUGAGAGACGUGAAAAACGUGCAAGACGGCGCUUCCUUGGCUGACCUCGGUAUGGAUUCAUUGAUGAGUUCCGAAAUUAAACAAACAUUGGAGCGCUGUUUUGAUAUAGUUAUGUCGCCGCAAGAAAUACGCGCUCUUACUUUUGGCCAGCUGAAACAACUGGAUGGCGCUUCUGCUGAUAGACCCGCAUCAGUACCCAGCUCUCCUGCAACACGCACUCCUACUCCAAUUGGUGAUGGAACACAAGUGGUUUUUGUAACUGAGCUAAUGCCUUCAGAAGCUAUUGUCCGUUUGAAAUCUGCGGCACCAGCAGACUCAAAGAAACGGCCGAUUUUCUUCGUUUCACCAAUUGAAGGCUUCGUGGAUGCCUUGAAAGAAGUUGCGGAGCGUUUAGAUUGCCCGGUGUUUGGACUACAAUGUACAGCUGACGCUGAUCUUGAUUCUAUUGAGGGUUUGGCCAAAUUCUACAUUAAACAUGUAAGAAAAAUUCAACCUAAAGGUCCAUAUGCUAUUGCUGGGUAUUCAUUUGGUGCCACGGUUGCCUUCGCAAUGGCAGUAGAACUGGAACAAAACAAAGAUGCAGCACAAUUAGUUUUGUUAGAUGGUGCGCCGAAAUAUGUCAACUGGUACACAAAAGCCUUCAAAAAGCGUUACAACACUUCUGAUGAUAAGGAUCAGAACCAAGCAUUUGCUUUGGCGUACUUUGGCGUUGUAGCUGCUAAUACAGGUUUCAAUGUGGCAAAACUGUUGGUAGAUAUUCCAACAUUUGAAGGCAAAGUGGAAAAAUGUGCGGAUAUAGUUGCUGCAGCAUUGGAUAAGCCUAUUGAAUUGGUCAAAUCGGCUGCUGCAUCAUUCUACUAUAAACUGGCUGCAUCUGACAAUUACUUUGUCACACAUAAUUUGCAGUGUGACGUUACGUUGAUAAAGCCAACGGAAAAUUACUCUAAACUAGAGGUGGAUUACGGCUUAAACGAAGUAUGCAAUGGAAAAGUCGACGUCCUCAUCGUUGAAGGAAAUCAUCGCACGAUCUUGUUGGAUGAUGAGCCUCUCCAAACUAUUGUGGCUUCACUGAAUCGUUUACAAAAUUAAUCUUUUAUUAGAAGUUUAACCAAGACUUUCAUGGAUAUUAUCAUAUGCUUAUUCUAUCUUCUAUAAAUCAUGCACCAGAUGUUUUAUUAAUACGUAAGCAUUCCCUUGAAAGUUGCUGGCAUUUAAAAACCAAAUAACUAAAAUUAGUAUAAAGAAGUCACCUUUACUUAUUAAAAAUGAACGAGUUGUAAAGGCGGAUUCACCGUUCGUGCCCGGAUACGUUUUGUUGGUAAUUUUACAUCAUCUUUUUCCACUCUGUUGUGUUGGACACUCUUUGUUCGAAUCAAAUUGAAUUUAAUUUUCUGUCCAAACGACCCACAGUGGUUCAAAUAGAACAAUGUGGACAAAAUUAUUUACCUGGAUCUUCUGACUUACAUGGCUGUAAUUAAUCACAAUGUUUACAUUUUGUGCAAUAAAAUUGUAAUCGGAGCUUAUCGUCUAAUUAUAAACAUACAUAUAUCUAUUUAAGUACAUUAGAAUGCAUCACUCCACAUACAAAAAAAUCGGUAGUAUAUUUCCAUCGGAAUUACAAAAUCUAUUAUAUUUUAUGACUUCCACCAAAAUAUUUCGGAAAAAUAUUAAGAUUUGCGUGAGCUGGAUCGAUUUGAAAAUACCUCCAAAAAUGGAGUUUUCUAUGAAAAAAAUAUAGUUUCUUAAAAAUUAUUUUGAAAAAAUGCUCUUAAAUGACAAAAUCGGUUAUCUUUAACAUAUAGUACUCAUAAAGCUGAUUGUUCAUAUAUGGAGCUUUAUACUAAAAAAACUAUCAAUAAUCAGCUGAAUGGGAGCUAUAUGCUAUAGUAAACCGAUUUAGAUGAUUUUCAAAAAUAGUCCUAAUAUUAAAAAAAAGUCAUGUAAAAAAUUUUAGAAAUAUAACUUUAGGGAGUUAUUCAAAAAGAGUGAAAAUUUUUAAUUAAUAUUACCUCGGAAAUUGGAUCCAAUCCGGCAAAAUGGGGACGCCAUUAAAUUUAGAAAGUCCCAAUUAAGUACGACCAACUAUCAAAACCUUUGCUCAAGAAAAAAAGUUCAAGAUCCCAGAUAUAAACUGCCAUAUUUAAAACUAGACUGGUGCUAGGUGGGGAAAUACUACUUUCACACUAAUAAAUGCAAUUAGUUGCAAAAGAAAUUUGAAAUUUAAGAUUUUGACAUUUCUUCUAUACUAAUAAAUAGUGAUGAAUACAAGAUAACAAAGAAAAUAAAUGGUACUUACCUUUGGCUUGCAAAUCCAUCACAAAUAUAAAGUAAACAUACCUCUACAAAACAAAGACAUGCAAGAUACCACUAAGUCCACAUCAUAAAAUUAAACAACACACGUAAGCGUUUUUCUGAAAAGAACAAUUAAUUACUUAUCCUUGAAUUAAUUAAUUAAUUACUUAUCCUAAUAAAUGCAAUUAGUUGCAAAAGAAAUUUGAAAUUUAAGAUUUUGACAUUUCUUCUAUACUAAUAAAUAGUGAAGAAUACAAGAUAACAAGGAAAAUAAAUAGUACUUACCUUUGGCUUACAAAUCCAUCACAACUAUAAAGUAAACAUACCUCUACAAAACAAAGGCAUGCAAAAUAGCACUAAGUCCACAUCAUAAAAUUAAACAACACACGUAAGCGUUUUUUGAAAAGAACAAUUACUUAAUUACUUAUCCUUGAAAAAAAAUAAUCAUGCAAAAAUUUUAUUUAAUUCACAAUAAGAAAAAUAUUGCUUGCCAUUUUUAAUAUAUAUAAUACAAAAAUGCAAUGUCGACUUUUGCCCAGCUAGCUUGUUCGAAUCACUGUGCGACCUGAUGAUUAAGGCAGCCGCUUUCUCUCUUUUAUUUUAUGUAUUUGGAAGCGAAUUACAUGUACUAUUUCUUCUCAAAAUCAUAGUUUCGUAUGCAUGCAACAAUAUCAUCAGUUGUUUGCUUCAGAACAGAAUAAAUUGUGCCGAACUGAACGGUGAGAGCAAUUAAAAAGAUGCCCGGACACCAGCGGAUAAUCCGCUUUAAAUGACAACGAUAUAUACAAAAAUUGUAAAAUACUUAUUGGCAACGUUUGUAUAAGUAAAGGCGGGCCUCCAUAGCACGCGUAUCCACAUGCGUCCGUUUGACAUAGAAGUCAAAAUUCAUACAAAUUUCUUAUGUGUUCAAGUGCUGCCAUGUAGGUGCUGCCUUAAAUAAAAACGCACGCAUACGUAUACGCAUGCUAUGGAGGUCCGCCUUCAAUCUAUAGGUCUUAAAUCUCAACUAUACAUUGUUAUUUCGAUAUGCGUACUUUUGUCUUAGAAAUUAUCUAGAGUACUUUGGUUACUUUUGCAUUUUGUUACAGUCGAAUGGAUAACAUAGUUUUAUAAAUUUAUAUAUAUAAGUGCAUACAUUUCUCUAUUCAAAAGCGCCUUUAUCUAAUUUUGUUAGUAAGAUGAAAUGUAAUUUCGAUCAAAUCAUUCCUUAAAGAAAUACUAAUUUCGUAUAAUAGAAAUAAUUUGGCCACAAAUAUAAAUAUUAUUUAUGUAAUACAUGCUUAUAAAAAAAGAAAAUUCCUUUCCGUUGAAAAUAGAAAUUACGAGCUAAACACAAGUUCUAUGAUAGUAACAUAACUACAUUGUUCUAGCAUUUCAAUGAAAUUUGAGGAAAUUGAAUGUAAAGCGAAUUAGGGUUUUAGAGUCACAAAUAAUUUAUCCAUUAAUUAAGAGUUCUAGUGACACGUCAGAAUGGCGCUACAAAAUCGAAAACCAGUUAUCCCAUAAAGAUAUUGCGGAUUAUUUUUUUUUUUAUCUUCUUAGUAUAAAACUAUAUAAUUUACUAGUUAUUCCCCAUUUAACUUAAUUUAUAAAUAUGAACGCUCGAAUAAGGCUUCAAAUCUGGUUAUUUCUGAAAUACUUAUGUAUGUAAAUAUUAAACAUUUAAAAUUUAUGUACAUACAUAUGUACAAUGGAUGUUCCCAAAUGCCUUUGAAAUUAAAUUUACAUUAAGAAAAUGCUACCUAUUUAUGGCGAAAAUAAAAAUAUGUAGGUAUCUUGAGUUAAAUAA